GUUUCAGUGAGCCCAGCAUGGCAAACUCGUCACGGAUCCAGAACGUGGUUCCCCGACCAGGCUUCUCCGCCUUGCAUCGGCUGAGAAAAAAGCGGAAAGGCCAGCGCGUGAAGGACCCUCUCGACGACCUCCUCCUGAAGACGCUGACGUCUCAGCGGGCCAUGGAGGAGCGCUUCCUGCAGAUGGAAGAGCGCCGGUUCCAGCGCGACCUGGACGCGGAGGAGCGACGGAUGCAGCUGGAGCAGCGCAGGUUCGAGCUGGAGCGGGAGCACGAGUUCCGCAUGUUCAACGUCUUCGCCCAGAUGCUCAGCAUCCUCAAGCAGAACCACAGCGGCUCCUCCUCCUCCUCCAUCGCGGUGCCUCGGGGCUUGGACUUCAGCCAGGCGCUGUCCGAAAUUGCGGGGAUGGGAGGAGGAGGAGGAGGAGGGGGUGACCUGCAAGAGAUGAGGGCUCGACCGCUUACCCAGAGAAAGUUUGACCUGCACAGCUACUGCAACCCUGGUGACUUCCAGAGGAGCCCUUACCUCUCCGCUCGCGGCAACAUCGCCAACAUCUUCCGUGGCUCCACUGAGGAGGGGUACAAAGCUUAUCACGCCGACAAGUACGAUGAAGACAAGAACCCCAACGGCAUAAUAAACUUUGGCACCAGUGAGAAUAAACUCUGCUUUGACCUGAUGUCUAAGCGGCUGACACAGACCGAUAUGAACCUGAUGGAGCCUCCACUGCUUCAGUAUCCCGACUGGAAGGGACAUAUGUUUCUGCGCGAGGAAGUGGCUCGGUUUUUGACCUAUUACUGCAAGGCCCCUGCACCUCUUAAGGCAGAAAAUGUAAUUGUUUUAAAUGGUUGCGGCUCUUUAUUUUCUGCGUUAGCUACAGUCCUUUGUGAUCCAGGGGAAGCUGUUCUGAUUGCUACUCCCUUUUACGGUAGCAUUACCCAGAGUGUCUUCCUCUACGGUAACGUCAAGCUGGUGUAUGCCUAUUUAGACAGUAAGAUUACUGGAACAAGCACUCGGCCUUUUCAGCUUACAGUGGAAAAACUGGAAAAAGCCUUGCAGGAUUCCCGGGCUGAGGGUGUCACCGUAAGGGCCUUAAUUCUUCUGAAUCCUCAAAAUCCCCUCGGGGACAUCUACUCUUUGUCAGAGCUACGGGAUUACCUGGAAUUUGCCAAAAGACAUGAAUUGCAUGUGAUAGUAGAUGAGAUCUACAUGCUGUCAGUUUUUGACGAGUCAGCCACGUUUCACAGUGUCCUGGGCAUGGACAGGUUGCCCGAUCCGCAGCGGACUCACGUGAUGUGGGGAAUCAGCAAGGAUUUCGCCGUCUCUGGGAUUCGUUUUGGUACUUUAUAUACAGAGAACCAAGAUGUUGCUAACGCGGUGGCUUCUUUGUGUUAUUUCCACGGGGUUUGUGGACCUGUCCAGCACAAGGUCGCGCAACUGCUUAGAGACAGAGACUGGAUCAACCAGGUGUACCUGAGGGCCAACCAUGCCCGCCUAAAAGCUGCCCACACGUAUGUGACAGAUGAACUGAAGACGCUCCGCAUUCCUUUUCUGAACCGCAAUGCAGGCUUCUUUGUCUGGAUUGAUUUCCGAAAGUACCUUCGGACAGGGACGUUUGAGGAGGAGAUGCUGCUCUGGAGGCGUUUUCUGGACAACAAGGUCCUCCUGUCCUGCGGUAAAGCCUUUGAAUGCAGUGAACCGGGGUGGUUCCGCAUCAUCUUUGCUGACAAGACCCACCGGCUCCAGUUAGGCAUGCAGCGGAUCCGCAAGGUUUUGGAAGAGAGGGAGCAGGUAGGAGAUCCUGGCUGAGGAGAAGGAGCAGCCUUGUCAGUCGGAUCAGGACGGCAAAGCGGAUAGCACGGAUGAAGUCAUCUUUGUGUCCCGCCACCAGGAACCUACCUGCGCUGGUAGCUCCAACCUCGGUGAGCUCAUCGGCCUCCUGCAGCAACAGAUGCGCUCGUCCGACUGGCUGCAGAAAAACACAGCCGAGCAGUUUGCGCGGGAAAAGCCAGAGAUCUACGACGUGUUCAGCAAACUGGUGGGGAAGCAGUGAGGGUCAGCGUGCCUUCAGGGGGUGUUCCUGAGCAGUGACCAACCCUGGGCCCCUAACAGCUCAGCAGUGACUUCCAGCAAAUGAUGUAUUUUCUGUAUAGCAAGAAAAUCCCUUUGUAAAAGCCCUCCUCUCUCCGCCCUGUUUGAGAGCUCUAAUUUGUAUUAUAUAGCUGCGUUCCUUGGAUUGGGGUGAAGG